AUGGCUGCGGAGGAGCUGUCAGAGGGCGGCAUGGCCGACAUCAUUCGCGCGCUGGAGCUGAUUCACAGCCCCUCGUCCACAAAUGAAUUACGCAAGGAAGCCCUGACAUUCGUGGAGUCCCUAAAAGACAGUAGUGCGGCGGCACGGAAUGGCUUUCUGCUGGCCUCCCGCGCAGACCACGCGCCUGUGGUGCGCUACUUCGGCCUGACUCUCUUGGACCACGUCCUACGCCACCUGUCUUUUACCAACACGGAGGAAUGUGCGAAUGUUCGGACCAUCGUCUUGCAGCUGGCAGAAAACAUUCGACCGGAAGACCCGGCUUAUCUGCGCAACAAAAUUCCUCAGCUGUGGGCGGAGACCGCGAAGAAAAGCUGGGGACUGGAUUGGAUGGAUAUGGAUGCUGCGCUGGUUCAGUUCUGGGGCGCCUCGCUCGUUCACAAAGAGCUUGUGCUCUCCGUUCUGGAGACUUUGUCCGAGGACGUCUUCUUCCGCGAAGACAUAGUGUCGUCGCUGCGCGGGACGGAACUGAACCGGGCCCUAGUGGAGAUUUUUACCCCUGCCGGCAUCGUCGAACAAAUCAAUCCGGAUAGUAGUACUAAUGCGUUGCUGCGCUGUGGGGAAGAAGGCUGGAUUAUGCGCAUCUGCGAAUUUCUUGAAAAUUGUGUCCAGAACGUUUCGAGUUCGCCGCAAGCUCGGGAUGCGGCUAUCAAAGCUCUGGCGACUCUUCGGUCUGCACUCUCGUGGUCUGUCUACAAAGCAAUUGCGUCGGCGCCGGUUGUACCCAGUAUCUUCAGGGCAUUGACCUGUCAGGAUGAGCAAGUGCUGCUCCGAGCUAUUGAGGCAUUGCACGCAUUGUAUGGAAGAAACAACAUGGGCAACGAGGAAUCACAAUCACUGGUCUGUCUUGUUUACGAUACGGAUUAUCUGACCAUUCUCCAAAAACUCUACGAAUGGUCAGUCGUGGGGCCGGACGAUGUCGAUGAACCCAAGUAUUUGAUUUCCAAAAAGCUUUCAGAAAUGAUGUCGUACCUUGCUGGCUGUCUGGAGGAUGAUAAGUUCCUACGGGACAACAUGCAUCGAUUGAACCUUCCGCCAUUUGUCCACUUCAUGACCAGUAUCAUGCACCAUCAGAGCCUGACGGUCUCGAUCCCUGUCCUACAUGCGUGGACGAAGUUACUUGGGGUUGAGAAGAUUAGCGGCUUGGACUUCGUUGUGGACCUUACUCCCCAGUUACUCAACAUUUGCACUUCCCGAUUGAUACGCUGGGAGUCACUUCCCACGGAGUCGGAUGAUCCUACGGUUCAAUUCCUCGUUGAAGAUAUCGAUACCAUCCCAGAACGGCAUGCAUUCGUCGGCAACUAUCGCCGAUACUGUUCGUCAGUUAUCGAAAACAUCACCCAAAAACGUCCUCAAGAGGCAGUGAGCGAAAUUCUUGGAAGAGUGGAUGAAAACUUGAACAAUCUGUACAGCGGUGCGGAGCCGUUUAGCGUGGAAAAAUUCAGCAAAUCCACCAUUCCGCUCAUGCGUGCGGAUGCCCAGUUCGCAGUCGUGGAGGCGGUUAUCAAGGGUUACAACAAGUGGAUCAUCGCCCACGGCAAAGCGCCCCAACGAGAUGAGCAAAAAAGAAUUGAGUUGGAACAUGCGGUGGAGAAUUGGGCCUCGAGUCUGAUGCAGAGAACUUACGAUGACCCGGUCAUGAAACAAAAGGUCAUCAAGCUUGUUGUUGACAUUUCAUCCAAAGCCCUGAACAAUCAUUCGGGGUUUGCACUCAAAGCUCUCGAGCAUAUUCUUAUGACCCGACUCACCGAUCAGCCUGAUCACCCUGCCUACUCCGAGGCCGUUAAGGAGCUUCACGGACUGGCCAGUCAUGAACUGCGCCGCCUCGCCAUGCGAUAUGCGGACGAUUUCUCUGCCUUCUAUGACGUGCUUGAACCAAAGAUCAAAGAGAUCACCCUGACCAAUCGAGUGGAUGACAAGCUGCAAAUGGAGCUGACCUCGAUUCUUCUCAUCAUCAUGCAACGAGCGAACAAUGUCGACACGUUUUUGCAGCAGUCUCGGCUAUCAUCCUUCCUUGAACCCAUUCGACAGGCAUGGCAAGACGAGGAAUUCAAGCGCAUGAGCUCUUCUUUCGACAGCUUCUGCCACAUGCUUGGAUUGGAGAACGUCGGUCCGUACAUGCAGGGCAAGCAAGCACAUAAAUUUCUGGAUUGGUCGUCUGUUUCUCUCGACAAUGAAGGGAAGCUAGUGCAGGAAGAAAUGACCCGGAAAUUCCAGUUGCUUCCAUUGCGCGGUACCAAGACCAUGCUGGCCGUGUCUACGGACAAGUUGAAGAAGACAGCCCCAGCGUACGCAGUUGCCUGCGAAAUGUGGCAUGAUCUAAUCCCUCAAAUUCUCACAACGCUUCUUCAACUAGUCAGUCAUGCCCAUGCUUUCCACAAUCCCGCCAACUGGAAUGUUUCGGAUGACAUGCGUGCUGUUGUCGAACGAAUCUUGACCGACCGUUUCUGGCAGGCUGGCAUCUCCAGCGGCAGCCGUGACGAGUUCUAUGCCCGGAUUACCGCCUCCAAGGCCACGCUCGAGGGAUUUGCCUCCUCUGUCCGAGGUAAAAUCCGAGCGGUCCGCGAAGCCUGCUAUUCGAUGCUGUUUAGCAUGAGUAGAAUGCGUGAACAUUUCUACGGAUUCGCCGAACUCCCUGGUCCCCUAUCUGAAGCUCUAUUCAACGACUCAUCCCAUCUCUCUUCUCAUCAGUUUUCUGUACUCCUUAACAUCUCCCGCUGUCUGAUCGAUGAUUGUCCUGUACGAUUCCGCAGCCAAUUCCUGCCACCCAUGCUUGCUGCCCUGUUUGCCAAUAUCGACCUUAAAGUCACCGCGGAAUGGCAGGUGAUUGAGCAGCGGAGGACCGGCGUUUCUGAUGGCAAUGACCUCACCGACGAGAUGAAAUCUGAAAGUGUCCUACGCCAGUUGACAUAUUCUGCCGUGAUCAUGGUUGCCAGCCUAUUCGAUCCGCAGAGAGGCGGUAUGAAGUUCCCCCUAUAUAUUUCGCCGAUCCGGGUGACCACAGACCCAAUACUGAUGCCAUACGACCGACCAGACCCAGAUAGAGCCGAGGCAGAUCCCAGCGCACCUCAGACGACACCAGAACAGUCUGAUUCAAUCCGACACUUCGUACUUUCUUCCCCCGAGAUUUUCGAGCCCCUCAUGCUUUUCUGCACGCACGCUUUGAGCAUGCGUGAUACCAGAUGCUGCAGCAUUAUCACUCGAGUGAUCCGAUCUAUUUUGCAGGACUUUGCACCCCCUAACAACAGCCCUACCACCGUGACGAUCCGCGAAUUCAUCUGCACCGACGUCCUCAAGGCGUGCAUCACAUCCGUCCACGAAUCAUACUUUGUGGACAUGCAGAAGGACCUCGCCCAGCUGAUCGCCUCGAUCUGGGUUCUCUACGGGCCCUGCAGCUCGACUCCCCGCUCCGUCUUCCUCAGCUUGCCUGGACUGGACGAGCAAAAGAUCGCGCAGACCGAGGCCUCCCUUCACAGAUGCGCUUCUCCGCGGCAGCAGCGUGCCAUCAUCCUCGAACUUCUCGAGCCCCUGCGUGGCGUCAGCAUCGCUGAGCAGGGUAAGAUUCUCGGCUCCCGCGAGGAACGCCGCAAGGCUCGCACUGCCCUGCAGGAGAGAUACAUGACCAACGAGAUGGAGACGCAGCAGCAGAGCCACCGAGUCGAUAUCAACGAUGGCCCCGAUCUCGGCGGUGUUGCUGACUUGUUCGGGUGA